CAGCUUUUGGUCACACCACCAGAUUCAGUCCAAUGUACCGCCUAUUAUUUAGACGGUGAUCGUCCGGCAGAAUUCAUUCACGAGUAUGCCAGUGGAACGGUUCCCCUCUCUGCCUCACCCAUCAUCACCAUUCCUGAUGUGAUACCCACCUCCAUAGUGACAACCAUACAGAGACAACAUACAGUGGCAUUCAUAGGAGAUACGCAAGGGAAACUCCAUAAGUUGAACAUAGUGAACAGUACAUUUGGUUACGUAUAUGAAGAUGUCUUUCUGGGAGGUGGAUCUGUCUUACAAGAGUUGUUCCUUGAUGAAUCGAAAGAGCUGCUAACCCUUGCUACAACUUCAGACCAAGGUUCGAAGGUUCUCACGUUGGGUUUAGUCAACUGCAGCCAGUUCCAGAGCUGUGAGGAAUGCAUUGGCGAGGAUGGAGGAAAUGAUGGAGACCCUUACUGUGGAUGGUGUACUCUAGAAGCAAGAUGUACACGAUACGAGGUGUGCCUCUUCCCUGACGAGUCAACUCGGUGGUUAUCUUACAAUGCAUUGCAAUGUGUAUCCAUCUCAGAUGUCCAGCCUGACCAUAGACUGCCUUAUCAAGAAACAGAACGAGAUAUCACCAUUACCGUUCAGCAGCUACCAGCUCUCAAAGACAGACAUCAAUACCAAUGUGCCUUCGACUCCUACCAGGUCAAUGCUACUACUACUCCGGCCAAUGUAGUCAUGUGCUUAUCUCCCCCCAUGAGUGAAUUGCCGACGAUUCCAGAAGAAGUGGACCAUGUAACAUUGACUCUUUCUAUUGUCUCAACGGAAAUUGGAGUGAGCUUCGUGAGCACGGAUUUUAUAUCGUUUGACUGCACCCAUCUUAAAUCUUGUUCCUCCUGUGUAACAAGUCCCUGGCCAUGUGACUGGUGUGUUUACGACAACAUGUGUACCCACGAUAAUAGCUCAUGUCAGCCGGGAGAAACAGUGGUGAUUGGAGAAAAUAACACCGUAGGUUCCGGAAACAAAGGCCAGAGUUAUUGCCCUCAGCUGUUGGCGACAUCAGAACGGUUUUUCAUACCAGUUAAUAUUCCUUCUGGUUACUCACUUCUAGCAACAAAUCUACCCACAGAGAAGACUAAGGUUCAGUCGUUUGAAUGCAUCCUUCGUAUUGAUGGAGUCGGAAUACGAGUACAAACUUUCUUCUUCAAUGAAAGUUACAUUAUCUGUAGUGCGGAAGAGUACAUGUUUAAUGAGAAUAUCCUCGAGAAGAAUGUAAGCGUCUCGGUUGAGUGGAAUGGGCAAUACAACAUAGAUGAUCCGACAGACACAAAUGUGACCCUGUACAAGUGUUCGGUUAACGGUGGAAGUUGCAGCCGGUGCCUGUCAGAAGAAGCAACCCCAUCGCACUUGAACUGUGGUUGGUGUGGUGAUGACUGCAAUGUCAUUCAGAGUGAUGUUUGUCAGAACAAUCAGUUUCUCAGUCAGAACGACACCCAGCUUUGUUCAGCACCACUUAUCACUGAAUUUUAUCCCAUGUCAGGUCCUAUCAAUGCUCAAACGAGACUACAAAUCACGGGAACUGACCUAGGAGUAGAAUUUGAUGACGUACUGGAAAUAGUCAUAGGAGACCUGGCGUGUAAUCUGACUGACAUGGACUCAUUCUAUCAGCCAGGACAGAGUGUUAGCUGCAUGACUGGGAUAUCUACUAGACUAAUAUCAGGACGCAUUGGAAUCACAGUGAGAUCUGGUGAAAGUACCAAGACCGGAGAGAGUGUUGCAGAAUUCUUUUACAGGGAUCCCAUUAUAUCAGGGUUUAGUCCCACGGAGGGGCAGGUAGCAGGGGGGACUGAGAUCACAAUUACUGGGACGGACCUCAACACAGGAAGGAACAUUGAAGCUACAUUUGGAGAAGCACAAUGCAACAAUUUGAUUAUUGAAGAUACGAUAGCGACUUGCGUCACAAGCAGCUUACAAAUGAAUGAACAAGUCUCUGUGUUCUUGACCAUGACAUUCGAUGGAGUUGAAAAAACUUUCAAAGACUUCACAUUUACCUACUACCCAAACCCAAUUAUCGAUGCCAUUGACAGAACUGUGGCUAUCAUGUCAGGAGGUCUCAAUAUCAAACUAACAGGACAAAGAUUUGAUGUCAUCCAGGAACCCCGGAUAAUAGUUUCGUCACUUACAACAAAUGCUAGUGACUCUGAGCUCUGCAAUGGAACGGAAACUCUUCUCAUCUGUCCAACCCCAAGCUUUCCUGACGAUGGUAUCUCUGCCAGAAGGAGACGAGCUACAAAUGGCGUUAUGACAGCAAAUCUGACCUUUGACUUUGAUGGAUACAUCGUCGACCGCGGCUUAAUAGAGUACUACCCAGACCCUAUGUACGAAAGCUUCAUUGAGCCAAACAGAAUCUAUGAAAGUGGCAACAGCCGGCUUGAGAUCACAGGAAUUAAUUUGGACUUAGCAAGCACAGAGGAUGAUAUUCAAGUUUUGUUGGGUCCCGAUGGAGUUUGUGAUGUUGAUGAUCUUGAGAUUGAUGUAUUACGAUGCCAGCUACCAAAUAAGAAACCUCAACCAGGAAAUAUCAAUGGUACAGUGGAGCCUGGACCUACCCAAGAUCUACCAGCUGUAACAGUUUACCAUGGAAACUUGGUAUUCUACCCUGGCUACGUAAAAUACUCUACGACGUCCAUCAACAUCGGUGCCAUUGUCGGUGCUGUGAUUGGGACCGCUUUGCUCAUCUUCAUCCUCGUCAUCAUCGGCGCCAUCAUCUUUAGACGAAGUCAUCAACGAUUAAACAAACAGGUCCAAGUGUUUGAAAUGCUGGAGAAGAAGAUUCAAGACAGAGUGGAAACUGCUUUUCAUGAACUACAGGCUGACAUGUCUGAAGUAGAGGAACAAAUCAGCCAUCUUGGUGUACCCUUUGUGAAUGCACUAGAUUACUCCACGAAUAUGCUCUUUGCAGGACUGGCUGUUUUACCACCAACCACGGACCCUGAGUACAUGAACUCUGACCUGGAGACUGCAAUGAUCAUGUUCUCUAGACAACUCGGCAAUACUGACUUCUUGACUAAUUUCAUCAAGCAACUUGAAGAACAAAGAAAACCCAAGAGACGGGAUAGAGUCAACAUCGCGUCAUUGAUUACCGCCCUCUUGGUGACUGAAGGAAAGUUUGGAUAUUUCACAGAAACUCUGUUCAAGCUCUUGGAAGAAAGUAUCGAGGAGGGGGCAGAAAGCGGUAGAGCAAGAUCACUCUUCCGGAGGACUGAGACCAUCGUUGAAAAGCUCCUCUCCAACUGGAUCUCCCUCUGCAUGUAUCAAUAUCUGAAGAGGCAAGUGGCUGAAUCUCUGUACCUGCUGUACCAAUCCAUCAAGAUGCAGGUUGAGAAAGGACCUAUUGAUAUCACCACUGGACAGUCUGUCUUCUCUCUGAACUUUGAAUGUCUCUUGGAAGAAGAGGUGGAGUUCAACGAAUUGACCUUGUCAGUAGUGGGCAGGGACAGGCACCACAAGUACUACGUCAAAGUUCUAGAUGUUGAUUGCAUGACUCAAGUCAAGCAGAAGAUACUGGACGCUGCUUACAGGAACAGCCACAUUGUACAACAGAACAGAGCUCAUGAGAUGGAUCUUCUGUGGUACCAUCCCGGUGGGGAGGAGAGAAUCCUGAAAGAUCGAGACGAAUUGAACAAAACCAUUGGGAACACCAAGGGUUUAUUCAUCAAUACAAUCAAGACUUACGGGGUAUCUGAUGGGUGUCAAGUAGCUCUGAUUGUCAAGUCAUCAAUGAAUGAGACAGGGACGUAUCAACCUGUUACCCCAGGGGUACAACUCUUCCAACAAUACCAAGAACAUGCUGGUCCGGAUGAUGUCCGUGAUAGAGACUACAUUCGAAUCCGGACUAUGGAAAGUGGCGGAUCUCGGAUCAUGCACUUGGUUGCCGAGAACCAAAUACCCACAGAGAGCAGUACAUCUCUGACCAAGCUGGAUCGGGAAUUCUUAGCACCGCGUUUGCUGGUUACUAAAAAAACGAUUCAGACUCGCCUUGAUGAGUUCCUUGCCUGUAUCUUCAAGAAGCCCGGCGAGACUCCACUCACCAUCAAAUAUCUUUUUGACUUCUUUGAUAAGAUGGCCAAUAAGUACUGCGAUGAGAAACCCGAGGAGAUCGCUGAAGCAUGGAAGAGUAACAGCCUACCACUACACUACUGGAUGACUACAUUGACGCAUCCCUCCUACGUCUUUGACAUGCGUCAGUCACGGUCUGCUGACCAGAGCGUAUCAGUUCUGGCUAACAUGCUGGACAAUGCAUGCAAGAAAAUCCGCUCAGAGAAUACGCAGGAGUCUGCCCUCAAUCGGGUCCUGUUUUACAGGGAUCUUCCAGGCCACAUCAGAACCAUCGGUGAAUACUAUGAGAACAUCAAAGGGUUGCCGCCACCAACGACAGAAGAGCUCCAGGAGGAUUUCAACAGAAUUACACAGGACUUUUCUGGUCUGUUCAGUCGAGUGGCGACCCUCAACAAGUUGUAUGACUUCACAUCUCAUGACACAGGUCCUCUGUUGGAUUCGAUCACAGAGCUGAUGCCAAACUAGAGCCUUUUUCAUCAUCGCACUUUCCAGGCUCUCCUCGUGGUUCAUGAUGCUACAUCGAGAUUACGACUUCAAAAUGCUUGUAUUCAGAUCGAAUGGCUAAAAGGCGGCAACAUUGUGUAUAGUAAAGGAAUAUAUUGAUACUCGGAUUUUUGCUCUUUAGUUUUAGAAAUGCAAAGUACUUUAAGUUUACUAAGGUGAUGUGGAAAUGAAUGUCUUAUUACACUAAGUAAUCUUUCUGUAUUCUUACUUCGGUACAGCAGUUACUAUUUAAAUUCAAGUCGUAGUUUUGUCGCAAUUUUGCUAUUGUUUAAGAAUCGUUAUAUCUUCUCUGUUUAUAUUUACAUAAUGUAGUCUAAAUAUAGUUUUGGUAAGCCUACUAAAAAAAUCGUCAGAUUUCUUUUGGUUAUGUUGAUUAUUAGAAAACAAUUUUAAGCUUUUUAGAUUUGUCUCUUUCUCCUUUCCUUUGGUGUUAGAUAAAGGUAACAAUUUGGUAAAAAUUAAUUUAGAUCACCUAGCCGUUAUCGAAAUUACUUUUUUUUCCCCUCUCGCUGUCAAAACAAAUUUGAAUCAUAUCUUUACACAUGUAUCAUAAAUGAACGACUUUCUGGAAUAGACCACAUUGUACAAAUGACUCCAAAUGUCCUCAGAUCUUUUACACAUAGGAUAGACCUAGUCCACACCUUGUGCAUUAUAGAAUAAUCUUCAUUCUAGAAAACCUCUUGUUUGCCCUCUUG